AUGCAUACCCCUGACGGCCUCUUCAAGGGCCUGUCCGAGCAGCAGAUUGCGGCAUUUGAGACCCUGAAACUGCGCUGUGCCGAAGCCGGGCUUCUGUCCCGCCCUUUGGCGUUGAGUGACGGAGAGGUUGAAGACGGGUUGAACGAUGAUCCUACUCUUCUACGAUUCCUUCGCGCACGCCGAUACGAUGUACAGGGUGCCCUGAAGCAAUUCAAAGAAGCUCGCCGCACCUGGGAAACGAACAAUGUUUCCCAAUUGUACAAUACGAUGGAGAUUGCCUCUUUCGAGAAUGCUCGACCGUUGUACCCCCACUGGUCUGGCCGGCGCACAAAGGCCGGACGCCCCAUCUUUCUCUUCGACUUCGCCUACUUGAACCAAACAGUGUUGGCGUCUUACGAGGAAAACCGCAGGGGCAGCAUCUCUUCCGCCCAGGGAUCUCUUCAGCAACGAGAAGCCAGUACGGCGCUGGACAGCGUGACUCGCUUUGUUCUUCCGCUUUGCUCAGCCAUGAAGGACCGCCCAGACCCUACAUCUCCAAUCACUAGCGGGGUAUUCCUCGUCGACCUUGCCGCAUUUACGCUCAAGGCCGGGUGGGGUGUUAAGAACUACACGCCAGACAUCAGCGGCUUAGUGGCGACUGGAUACCCAGAGAUUGUUCACCAAGUUUUUCUCAUCAAUGCCCCGUCAUACUUUACAAUGAUGUGGGCGAUAAUGAGAAAAUGGCUUGAUCCGGAUACCACUGAGAAAGUCCAGAUCCCGGCCGCCAGCGAGGCACUGGCGACUCUGUCCAGAUAUAUUGACCCAGAAAACAUUCCCCGCAGGUUCGGUGGUCAUUUCGAUUGGAGCCACGGGAUGCCUGUUGACUUGGAUGCUGAAAUUGGAGGGGCGUUGUCGUGGCAAGGUGAACAGAAACUACCCCCAGGGCCGAUCAAGUGGCAGCUGGACAAGAGCAGAAGGCGAACGGCUGUGGCUGUUGGGAGCGUCGAUGGGACAGCGAGGGCGGAGAAGAUUGCUGUGUUGGACGAUGAGGCGGAGCAAGAGAAGAAGACAAUAGAGCCAGAAGUGAUGCAGACCGUCGAGGCUGUUGCCCAGCUGUCAUUGGAGUAG